GUUUGUUUGCAUCCAGGGGCUGACCCCCAGCUCGCCGCGGCACUGGGGCUGUCAUGGCCGCAGCUGCGGUUCCCCUCGGCUCCCCACACCACCCUGCCCGCUGGGCUGUCCGGUUUGCCCUCGCCACCACGGUUCCGCAGCUCCCCGGGGGGCUGCCCCCCACGGCCACAUCCUCCCAGGCGCUGUGCCGGCCCCUGUCCCCACGGGGAAGCCCCCCCAGCCCCGCUCCCCCCAGCUGCCAGCACCCGGCUGGCUGCCUCACCAGAUGUUCCCCAUUUUCUGCUUGAGCGUUUGAUUUUUUUCCUUCCUCUGUGCCGUGUGUUCUGCUGCGUUUCCUCCUGCCGGGUGUGCGUGUGUACGCCGGGGUUCUUUUUCUGGGCCGUUUCUGUUUAUCAAGGUCUGUUUGAAUUGCUUUCUGUCUCUCUUCCACCUUCUGUGAUUGCAGAUUUAACCCCUGUACUCUCUCUCCUGCGUAAGGGCUGAGUGGUGCUCGCUCCCAGAGCCCCGUUCUGGUUGAAAGCCCUGCUUUUUUGGUAACAGACAUUUUUAAUAUUCACCACUUGGGAAGGGGUCAGCUUUAGUCAUAGCUUCUGGGGAACAGGGUAAUUGUCCAAAACCAGAUUGUUGCUUUGCUUUUUGCAAUUGUAGGAAAACACACAGAUGUUUCAGCUUAGGGUGUUUAUUUUUUUUUUAUUAUUAUUUUAAAUGCUCAAGAAGAGCCACCCUCCCAUGUUCCCUCCUCGGACCAUCCCUCAUCCCACAAGAGAAAACCAGCAAACCCUCCUUUCUCCCAAGCUCGCUGCCAGUCCCGACCUGGCCCCGCAGAGAGGAGGGGACGCGCUGGCCGUGGGGGCUGCCGCGUGGGGGUAGGGGCUGGGUGCUCGCCCACCAGAUGGGUGAACGCAGGGCCAGGGAAGCAGCUGGGGUGAGUGGGGUGGGAAACCGGCUGGUGGGAAGCCAAACCCCCGGAUUUUGUCCCCCCAACCCCCGGGGUCUGGCAGGGUUUGCCCUGGCAGAGCCCCCGUGCCAGCCCAGCACCGCUGGUGCUGCAUCAGGAUGGGGGGCAGGUGUGGGGGGGCUGGGGGGGUCGGGCACAGAGCUGCCUCCCGGCCGGCACGGGAAGCUGUCGAGCACGUUGGCAGUCCGGCAGUCAGUCCGGCACUUCACCCGUGCGCUCUGCUGCUGUUUUGGGAAGCAGCUAAUUUGGGAAAUGCACAAAGGCUGGAGGAGCUGGCGCAGGGCGCAGGGAGCCGGAGCCAGCAGGGAAAUUCCUCUCCGUUUUCGGUGGAAAGCAUCGACCCACCCGGGCCAGGGCAGCUGGGAGAACCUUCACCAGGUGUCAGGCUGAACACCUACCGGCGGGACCCACUGCGGCUGGUGGCCGUCCUGAAGGCGAUCCUGGAGGGCGAGAAGGCCGCUGUGCUCAAGAGGGACCGUCACCUGCCCCUCAGCUUCCACCGGCGCCAGGAGGAGCUGAAGUUCAGCCUGGGGCUACAGCGGCUGCAGCACCGCGUCCGCGAGAUCCAGGCGCUGCGGGAUGGUGCUGCAGCCUCGCUGCAGCUGAAGAUGGAAGCGAAACCUCCCGAGAGUGUGAGUGGGGGUCCGGGGCACCCGGGGGGAGCCCAGCAGCCCUGCCUGCCAGGGAAGGAGCUGCCCACCCUGAUCCUGGAGGCCGUGAAAGAGCUGGAGGCAGCCAAGCAGCAGGUGCUGAAGAGGAUCCAGAUCUGGAAGAGGCAGCAGCAGCUGGCUGGGAAUGGGGCGCUCUUCGAGGAGAACUUAUCUCCACUGCAGAAGAGGUGCGAGAACCUGGUCGAGGUUUACUUCCAGCUGCACCAGCAGGUGAUGGCGGCGAGCACGGAGCUGGGGGCUGAGCUGCUGCCCCGGAUUCUGGAGCGCUUCAGUGAGGUGUUAUCCAGCCUGGUCAAGAGCUCCUUCCUGGUGGAGAAGCAGCCCCCGCAGGUGCUGAAGACCCAGACCAAGUUCCAGGCGAGCGUCCGGUUCCUGCUGGGCCCCCAGCUGCUGAAGGCAUCGUCCAAGCCCUACAUGGUGCGGGCUGACAUGGUGACGGAGAAGCAGGCACGGGAGCAGGCGCUCAGCGCCUACAGCAAUGCCCUCAGCGAGAGCACGGGAGACAUCAUGCAUAACGUGGUGGCGCUGGAGACCAACCCCACCAGUGGGACCUGCUGUGCUAACUUCAAGAACGUGCUGCUGAAGAAGAUCAAGCGCUGCGAGCGGAAGGGCUCCGAGUCAGUGACGGAGGAGAAGUGUGCCAUGCUGUUCAGCACCACCGUGACCCUGACCCCCAGCAACCUCUCCAUCCACCUCCAGGUCCUGUCUCUGCCCAUCGUGGUCAUCGUCCACGGGAACCAGGACAAUAAUGCCAAAGCGACCGUGCUGUGGGAUAACGCCUUCUCCGAGAUUGACCGGGUGCCCUUCAUGGUGGCUGAGCGGGUGCCCUGGGAGAAGAUGUGUGAUACACUGAACCUGAAGUUCAUGGCAGAGGUGCAGACCACCAAGGGGCUUCUCAAGGAGCACUAUUUCUUCCUGGCCCAGAAGAUCUUCAACGACCACAGCGCCAGCCUCGAGGACUUCCAGAGCCGCAGCGUCUCCUGGGCCCAGUUCAACAAGGAGAUCCUGCCUGGUCGAGGAUUCACCUUCUGGCAGUGGUUUGAUGGAGUCCUUGACCUCACCAAGAGAUGCCUCAAAAGCUACUGGUCAGACAGGCUCAUCAUCGGCUUCAUCAGCAAGCAGUACGUCUGCAAGCUCCUGAGCACUGAGCCUGACGGGACCUUCCUGCUCCGCUUCAGUGACUCGGAGAUCGGGGGCGUCACUAUCGCUCACGUCAUCCGGGGCAAGGAUGGCUCCAGCCAGGUGGAGAACAUCCAGCCCUUCUCCGCCAAGGACCUGUCCAUCCGGUCCCUCGGUGACCGAAUCCGGGACCUGGGGCAGCUCCGCAACCUCUACCCCAACACCCCCAAGGACCAGGCAUUUGGGAGUCACUACAACAAAGAGCAGACAGGCAAGGAUGGCCGGGGCUACGUCUCCACCGCCAUCAAGAUGACGGUGGAAAGCGAAAGGGACCAGCAGCCCCAGAGCGCUGCCGGGGCCCCCCCCGACGCCCCCCAGGCUCAGAUGUUCAGCCUGCCCGUGCUGCAGCCCGAGCUGCCCCCGGAAAGCCUGCAGUCGGUGCUCAGCCCCAUCUGCCCCCCUGCUCCCUUCUGCCCCCAGCCCAUCCCCACGGGCUACCCCACAGCUGAGAGCAACAUCAACAUCAUGGCCUCAGACAGCCUCAGGUCCUCCUUCCCCAGCACAUCACCCAUGCUCUCGCCGCCCCUGGUUGUGGACCCCGCGCUGCCCCGCUGCCAGGACCUUGCCUUCAGGAACCCCUUGCCCUUCAUGCCCAACCAGUACAUAACGGGGGAGGCCUCACAGUUGCUGUCGGGGGGCCCCUCACCGGAGCCCCAGGACGAGGAGAUGCCCGAGCUGGGCCCAUUCCCGCCGAUGGUGGACCAGCCACUGCAGAGCUCCCCAAGGUGGAUGCCACCCAGCAUGGACCUGCCGCCCAGCUCGGACUUGGACCAGUUCCUCCUGCAGGAGAUGUCCCUGGAGGGCCCUGCACUGUGCCCCCCCUUCCCACCCCCCCUGCCACGCGGCGGGUACCCCAGCCCCAACGCCUCUUGCUGGGGUCUGGGGGAGUCUCGGUGGGACGACAGUAUCCGGCCAGGGCACGUGUGAGAGGGCUGCUGGGGGGGAUGUUGGGCUGUGACACCCCCUCCCCAGCCUUGUUUGGGUUCCUGGACUCAAUAUCACUUGUGCCAGGGUGGGAACUCUGGCAGGGGAGGGGGGGAUUUUCCAGCGGGGGGGGGCAGCACUUUGGGUAACACCCUGUCCCCCCCCCUUGUGUAUAUGCUGCACUUCGGAGUACGGAGCCGCUGCCGCCCACGCCAGGCUGGGGUCCGCGGGCCUGGGAGGUGCCGGGUGAGGGGGGGCAGGCACAGGAGCCCUGACCUGCGUGGGUGCCCCCCACCCACGCCGCCAGGCUCAGCCCCGCGGGGGCCGCGAUGAGUCAGCUGCGGGGGUGGCAGGCGGCUGCGGGAAACACACCGGCGCAGAGGUACCAGCCCGCUGCGUGCCAGGGCGGGGGGCACCGAGACCCCCUGCAGCGGCCUGGGAAGGGGGGCAGACACCUUGCACACCCGGGGGGUCUGUGAGCUGUGACACCCCACCCCCCUCCCCCAACCCAGCCUGGAGCGGGGCUAUAGCAGGGAGAAGGGAGCCUGGGGGCAGGAAGAUAAGCCAUAAAAUAAAGUUUUAUUCCAAAAUAACAAAAUAAAUAA